AUGACAAAGGAUGGCAAAGACAAAGGAUACAGGCAGGCUAGUCGAAAUACCUUGACCAAGAUCCUGACGGCCGGCAUCUCGCUGGUCCGCCUUCGAAAGGAUCGAGCAUCAGCAUCGUCAAUGUCGCAUCCUGGACCACAAUCUGCGUCGAAGCAGACUUCACUCACUACCCAUCGACCCGAUCCUGAAAGCCAUCUACCUCUACCUCAAGCGUCGAAGAUGAUGGAUGAUUCUGAUCAACAACGACAUGCACUUCGACAAGCCAUUGAAGGUGGCUCAUUCUGGACGAUACCUGACCUGGAACUUCUCCGCAUGAUACGGCGCGAAUUUCCCAAGGAGCUAGAGCGCCUUCGGAAUGCCACAUUCUUGCGGGACCCGAAUGCGCCGCGUCCCAAAGGCCUGUCCAUCUCAGAAUCGCUGUAUGGUCAAGAUUACGCCGAGGUCAACCGAACACUUGUCGGUGUCCUAGCUCUCCGCUGGCUGUGGAAUAACCAGUAUGAAACUUUCGUGGGAAGCCAAAGUCCAGCACCGGUGGUUCUGAAGCAUGAAUCAUUUGACUGGCUCAGGAGUCUCUUCAGUGGCAAACUCAGAAGUCCCGAGGACAUUUAUACCCUGAUCACGUCGAUGGUCAUCAACGAUCUCGGCAAAGACCCCGAUCUCGCGACCGACUACGCCAGAUUGAAAGGGAUUGACAUCUCCAAAGUCAAUCAUGAUAUGAUCCUCUAUCAUGCCGCCGGGGCCGGACUGGUCCCUGCGCUAAACCGCCUGACGAAACAGAACCGUGAUGUUCUGCUCGCGGGCAUGAAACUGGGCUCUGACUUCAAUUUUGGACAACUUGCCCAGGCGGAAAAUGCCCCCGCCUCGUUGGCGGGGCUGCUUCAGAUGCACGGUCACGACUGGGCCUUCGAGAUGAGAUUUAUGGAGCAGGUGCUCGAUCUGGCGGGAGCAGCUGGACAUGAGGACUGGACGUACGCGAAGAAGAUGAUUGAGCCGAUUUUCCAGUCGUAUCGGAACGUGUACGACGUUGCUCACGCCAUAAUUGGCGGGAAAACAGGACUCCGGGCAGGAUAUGAUAUCAUUCUCAUGCGGAAGCUGGAACUGCUGCACAAGACGGGAUAUCCGCGCCAAUUCGACAUCCGAGUCCCAGCGGACAGGGCCACACUACGGCUGUUUUGUUUGGGCAACACGAUCCAUGAGCAGAAUGCGGACAUGUACUUUGUCGCCUUUACACAAUCCGUAUCGGAGGAGAUCCGGCACACGUUGAUCCACGGGCUCAAUGUCGACGGAUCGGUCGACGAGCCGGCUGUUCAGCCGACAUAUAUGCCGGCGAUGCUGACCAAGGCCGUAGGUAAUACGUCGAACGGCACGCACGAGGAAAAAACCCAAGCCAUCGUUGCCCUGUUACGCUACUUGGCUCGGUGCCUGGUUGUCGAUCGCACGUCUCUAGAGAAGCUGCCCCGGGGUGUGACUGUCAUUGAGAGAGACGUGAGGAAAAUCUCCCCAGUCUUGGACAGCAAGACGUUCAAGGAGAACCCCGAUGUUCUGGACGGAGAAGACAUUCCUGAAGACCAGGUUGCCAACCUUGCCCCGGAGUAUGGGUUCAGGUUAGAGGUGCAGUAA